UCCAAAUUCACUAUAAAAAUUCCCCCAAUUGUUCCCGGAAAAAUUCUCAGUUUCCACCCAAAUGCAAAACCCCAAUUUUCUAUUCUCCCUUUUGUUUUCUAUAUCGAUCCCAAUUCUGUUGUUCAACAAUUUAAUCGCUGAAUCAACCUUCUGCCCUGAAACAAUGGCGACAACCACUACUUUGGGCGGAGUCCACCCUUCCCAAGGCUCCCAAAACAGCGUCGAGCUCGAAAACCUAGCACGCUUUGCCGUCGACGAGCACAACAAGAAAGAAAAUGCAAUGGUGGAGUUUGUGAGGGUUGUGAAAGCAAGCGAGCAAGUUGUGGCGGGGACGCUUCACCAUUUGACGGUGGAAGCUGUCGACGCCGGCAAAAAGAAGCUUUAUGAAGCCAAAGUUUGGGUUAAACCUUGGAUGAAUUUUAAAGAAUUGCAGGAGUUUAAACAUGCUGGUGAUGCUGAUAGUUCCGCUUCUUUUACCGCUUGUGAUCUUGGUGCCAAGAAAGAUGUCCAAGGACCAAUGCUGCAAGCGGUGGCCACAAAUGAUCCCGUAGUUCAGGAUGCUGCGGAUCAUGCUGUGAAGACCAUACAACAGAGAUCCAAUUCCCUUCUGCCCUACGAACUUAAAGAAAUAGUUCAUGCCAACGCUGAGGUAUUGGAAGAUUUUGCAAAACUCAACAUGGUUCUUAAAGUGAAGAGAGGAGACAAGGAAGAGAAGUUCAAGGUGGAGGUACACCAUAAGAACGAAGGGACUUACCAUGUGAACCACAUGGAGCAAGACCAGUCUUGAAAGCUAACGGUAUGGUAAAACUGUUAAAAAGAGUUUGAAUCUUAAUAUGAUGAUAUGACUAUAAAAAAGUGUGAACCUUGUAUCAUGUGUUCAUCUUUACUCCUGUUGUAAAACCUAUGUUUGUAAGAAUGUUCGGAGAACAUACACGAAUAACAUGUCUUUGUAUUAUGUGUUAACCUCUUGGAAUACAGUGCAGACCUUUGGAAUUUA